CUUUAAGCCCCUGUUGUGCGGCGGAGUCGGCGGCGGCGGUAGACGCGUCUGGGCAGGGAUGCGAUGCGGUGCGGCGCAGAGGGCUGCUCCUCUUUCAGCACCAUGAGCGCGAGCCUCGGCACGCCGACCGCCGGCCUCCUCAACCACACCGCCACGCAGGAGGCACGGGGCCAGGACGCGAGCGCCUCCGUCCACGAGUUUAAAGUGUUCAACAUCACCAUCACCUCCUUGGCCCUGUGCAUCCUCACAGUAACUGGCAUCGUCUGCAGCGUCUCUCUCAUCCGCCGCAGGAGGCAGUCCAAGCAGGCACGCGUCUAUGAGAGCGCAGUGGGGGGCUUCGAGGCCUCUCUCCCCACCACCCCGGCGGGGGCGUCGGCGGCGGUGAGUGACCCGUCGUCCGGCCUGGCGCUGCUCCUGAGGAGGGAGGUGCGCUGCAGCCUGCGUCUCCCCCUGGCGCUGCUCCGCGGGCGCGACCCGCCCAAGGACAACUCCCGCAUCUACUACAUCUACACCAACCCCCUGCCCAUCGGCAAGGACGAAGAGGAGGAGGAGGAGGAGAGGAGGAGGAAGGUGGCAGCCAUGGAGGAGGAGAGGAGGAGGAAGGUGGCAGCGAUGGAGGAGGAGAAGAGGAGCAAGGCCGUCAGAAGUGCUGCUGGUGCUGGAGGAGUAGAGGGGAGGCGGGGAAGAGGAGGAGGAGGAAGAGGAGGAGUGCAGGAGCCACCCUCGCUGUACGAGCUGGCCCUGGAGCCGGGCAGUGGCAUCACCCUCUCCUCCGAGACUUUUUACAUGCAGCUGUAGACACACACACACACACUUGUGGGGGGAGAGAGGGAGAGGAUAG